AUGCUCCCGGCCGCCGCCCCGCGCCCGCCGCCGCUGCUGUGGCCGCCGCCCGCCGAGCCCCCCGCUCCGCCCUGGGCCUGGGUGCUGCCCGCGGCCGCGGGGCUGCUCCGGGUGGGCGCUGCCUCCGCCGGGGCUCCCCCUCAUCCUCCUCCUCCUCCUCCUCCUCCGCCGCUGCUGCUGCCGCCCCCCGCGCUGGUGCGGCCCGGGCCGGGCUGGGCCGGCCCCGCCGAGCCCCCGCUGCUGCCGCUGCUGCCCGCGGCCGCCGAGCCGCUCCUGCACGGCCAGUGGAUAUUUGGAGCUCAUUCGCCGGUGGUAGGAUUCUCCCCUUCUUCCAGCGUGGAGUUGGUGCCGGUGCUGCCGCCCGUGUUCGCAGCCACGGUGCCGCCGCACGGGAAGGGCUGGAUGGACAAAAGGCUGCCCAGCUGCAAAAUCUACCUGAACAAUGCCUUUGCCCUGGAUUCGGCCUGGAUGCAGCCUGAGGAGUCCAGGCUGUUCCAGGGGGCUGAGAAGCCUCUGCUGCUGAGCAAUCAAGUGGCCAUGGCUGUGGCCAGGCCAGCUGCUGCCUCCAGACCGCUGCCCACGCUCGUCCUGGCCCCUCAGCUCAUCCCAGGUGGUUGCCAGAACAGCCUUAAAGCCGUGGGUGGCACUCAGAGCCUGGCGCUGCUGGCCCUGGAGCCCGAGGCCCCCGCGGGGCCGAGCCUGCAGCCCUGCCAGCUCCUCACCCUCUCCCCCAUCAAAGUCCCACUCCUGGCCUCGCCCUUCCCAGGUUCUGCCUCCAGGCUGGACACGGCCGCGGGCCCCUUGGUGCCAGCACAGGUCACCCGCGUCACCGCCGUGGCCGCGCCCGCCGUCACCCUCAUGGCCACCAACCUGAUGGAGCCGGCACGAGCAGAUCGUGGCAAGGAAUCGAGCAGAGCCUCCCGCCCGCCCACGCUGAUCCUGCACACGGAGAGGAAGAGUGGCCCCACGGGCAGUGACAGUGACAAGGACCACUCCUUCAAGCUCGUGGCUGAGGCUGACAGCACUUCCAACGGGAACAAGCCCGUGGCAUCCACACCAGUGCCAGGAUCCCCGUGGUGUGUGGUGUGGACUGGAGAUGACCGGGUGUUCUUCUUCAACCCCAGCAUGCAGCUGUCGGUGUGGGAGCGGCCGCUGGACCUGAGGCACCGCGGGGACAUCAAGCGGCUGCUCGAGGACCCCCCGCACAAGCGCAAGCUGGAGGCUGCAGCAACAGACAAGUGUGUUAGCUCUUGUCCAGGGGAUGAAAACGAUGAUCUGAGCAUCAAAACUAAGAGAAAUAAAACAGAGGAGUGCCAGGCUGCGGGGGCUGAGGAGGAGCAGGGAGGGGAGGAAGGCUCGGCCAGCCGGAUCUCACCGCCCCUGGAGGAGAGGAUCACCCACUUCAGGGACAUGCUGCUGGAGAGGGGGGUGUCGGCGUUCUCCACGUGGGAGAAGGAGCUGCACAAGAUGGUGUUUGACCCGCGCUACCUGCUGCUGAACCCCGAGGAGAGGAGGCAGAUUUUCGAGCAGUUUGUCAAGACCCGGGUCAGGGAGGAGUACAAAGAGAGGAAGAACAAGUUGCUGUUGGCCAAGGAAGAGUUCAAGAAGCUUCUGGAAGAAUCCAAGUUAUCCCCAAGGACAACCUUCAAGGAAUUCGCCGAGAAGUACGGCCGCGACCAGCGCUUCCGCCUCGUCCAGAAGAAGAAGGACCAGGAGCAUUUUUUCAAUCAGUUCAUUCUUAUUCUCAAGAAGAGGGACAAAGAAAAUAGGAUAAGGCUACGGAAAAUGAGAUAAAAGCAGCUGAAACU